AGCAAUGCAGGAGCGCCUGGAGGCUGGCGCGGACUGUGCCGGCAGGCGUCGCGGGGAAGCUCCCUGGGCUCUCUGUCUGUCGCGCUGGCGUGCCUCUCAGAGCAGGUGCUCGGGGGCAGAGGGCGGCCGGCCUGCUGGGCGUGGGCCUGCGCCACGAGCAGGGAGGUGAGUGGGAAACGAGGUUUCUGUAAAGCAGAGUUUCCAUGGCUAGUCAAUUUGGAAUAUUUCCAUUUUAUAAGUAAAAUGGCCACACGUCGCAGCACCUCAGAAACCGGACGUGAUUCCGGGAGACGUUCGGAGUUCGCGGGCGUGUGUGCGCGCGAGCACGGCUCUCUGGGCCCCUCACGUCGAGUGGGUGUCACCUCUGGGCUCCAGGAUGCGCAGUGCUGGCCCAGGACGUGUGGCCGUGGUCUGGCUGCAGCCCAACCAGCACACUUAGCCUGGACACUGCCGGGAGUCAUCUGCGGGAGGUGAUAUCGCUACUUCUCGUAGCGUUUGGAUGAGAAUUAAACAGAAAUGAUGGUCGAGCCUGACCUUGGCAACUGGCACCUGGCACGGUGAGCAAAGGGCCCCGUGCGGCUUCCUCUGCUCCGGGGCACCCCCCCCCCAAAGGGGGCCUGGGGGCUGCGCUCCGGCCAAGCUCAGGAAAGCCGUGUGCCCACCGGGGGCCUCGACGCUCUCCUGGCUGUGCCUGCCCCAGAGCCUUCUGGGGACCUCGGUGCCACCAGUCUCAGAACAGGGUGGUGGGUGUGCACGUGAGAUGCGGGAGGGGAUGGGAUGCGCGGGCCUGGAGCUCCUUGCCUCUCUGCGGUCGGGGUCGUGACCUCUGUUGACCCACGAGAGGGCUCUGAGCCAGAAGGUUCCGCGGAGGCGGGGAGACCCCUUCAGGGAAGGCGCUGAGGAUGGUCCUGACAUGAAGGAGAAGGUUCAUCAAGGCCAGAGGGACCCAGGGAUCUGGAAGCGGUGCUGCCCAUGUGGUCUCAGAGGAGCAGCAGACACGGGCAAGGUUGCAUUUGGAGUUUUUGCUGACGAAGCGUAAACCCUCUCCCGGCCUGGGGCCAGCUUCCUGCGCAGCCCACACCUGGCGUCCAGACACCGCGGCCCUCUCGCCAGGCCUCGCAGUUGCUUCGGGAUCGCUUACCCGGCGACGCCGUGACUUCAUGCGGCCGCACGGCCUGUGGCCACCCUGCCAGGAUCCCAGGAGAGGCUCGACGGAGACCUCUCUGCCUCCAGAGCUGGCAUUUCUGGGGGCCUGCCAUGUUGGGAAGAGGGGGGGCCUCCGCAGGGGCCUCAGGGACAGCCCGGGACUGAGGCUGAGCCUUGGUGGGGGGAGGCGAGGGCUCCCAGGUACUUCUCCGGCCCCCCAGGGCCUGCCGCCCGGGGGCGGGGCCGCCGGCUGCCGUGGGUGAAUCUGCGUCUGAUGGUGACGCUCUUCUGUUCCAGGAGUUUGACAAGAGUGUCCAGAAACUUCUAGCGACGAGGAUCGCUGUGUACCUGAUGACCUUCCUCAUCGUGACCGUGGCCUGGGCGGCACACACGAGGUUGUUGGGAAGAUAGACGAUACGCUUGCCCUGCUUAACCUGGCCUGCAUGAUGAGCAUCACCUUCCUGCCGUUCACGUUUUCCUUGAUGGUGGCCUUCCCCGAGGUGCCUUUGGGCAUCCUCCUGUUUUGUGUGUGUGUGAUGGCCGUCGGGGCCGUGCAGGCGCUGAUCGUGGUCUACGCCUUCCACUGCCCCCACCUGCUUAGCCCCCAGAUCGAGCGCUCGGGCCACCGGGCCCUUUACCGGCAGCACAUCCUGGGCAUCGUUCUCCGGGGCCCGGCGCUGUGCUUGGCUGCGGCCGGCUUCUCCCUCUUCUUCUACCCAGUGUCGUACCUGCUGAUGGCGACAGUCAUCUUCCUGCCCUACGUCAGCAAGGUCGCCGGCUGGUGCAGAGCCAGGCUUGUGGGCCCCAGGGAGCCCCCGGCUCACAGCCUGGAGAUCUUCACCUUUGACCUGCACGAGCCGCUCAGCAAGGAAAGGGUGGAGGCCUUCAGCGACGGGGUCUACGCCAUUGUGGCCACGCUGCUCAUCCUGGACAUCUGUGAGGACAACGUCCCGGACUCCAAGGACGUGAAGGCGAAGUUCCACGGCAGCCUAGUGGCGGCACUGGGCGCGUCUGGGCCGCACUUCCUGGCCUACUUCGGCUCCUUCGCCACGGUGGGCCUGCUCUGGUUCGCCCACCACUCGCUCUUCCUGCACAUCCGCAAGGCCACGCAGCCCAUGGGCCUGCUCAACACGCUCUCGCUGGCCUUCGUGGGUGGGCUGCCCCUGGCCUAUCAGCAGACGUCGGCCUUCGCGAGGCGACCCCACGACGAGCUGGAGAGCGUACGAGUCAGCUGCGCCAUCAUCUUCUUCGCCAGCAUCUUCCAGUUCGCCAUCUGGACCACGGCGCUGCUGCAGGGGGGGGAGACGCUGCAGCCCUCGGUGCGGUUCGGGGGCCGGGAGCACGCGUUCAUGUUCGCCAAGCUCGUGCUCUACCCCUGUGCCAGCCUGCUGGCCUUCGCCUGCACCUGCGUGCUCAGCAGCUUCAGCACGGCCAUCUUCCACGCCAUGCAGAUCGCCGUGCCCUUCACCUUCCUCCUGCUGCGGCUUCUGGUGCGCUUGGCACUGGCCGGCCUGCGGGGCCUGCGGGGUCUGGCCCGGCCCACACACACCCGGCCGGUGCCUGGGGCCACGGACGAUGCGCAGUCCCCGCUCCUCCCUGCUCCCUGCUAGUGCGGCCCCGGUCCCCUGCCUGAGGUCCAAGUGUCCGGCUGGUGGCCCGGCCUCGGGUUUUGUUUUCCUUGUGAAGUUUCAUGCUCUACCUCAGCCCCUCAGAUUGUCUUCCACUGUUGCAGACAAGAGUCUCGCAGGAGUGUCACUGUG